GAUCUGAACCAUCGCGAAUAAUUGAACUGAGAUGGAAACUCUAGGAGACUCUGUUCUGGAGACUGUGGAGCGAUAUCUUCUGGAGCUCCACCGCCGAGAAUUCGGUACUUGUUUAGAGCUUCGAGACAGGUCGGUGGCUCUACACACCUUCUCAUGUUGGUUCCAAGGUCUGCUUUGGCUCUCUCUCUCUCUCUCGCUGUCAACGCCUCUGACUCCCCGUCAUAUCUACGCGCUCGUCCUUUGCUUGUUAGUUCUCUUUCACCAAGUUACCUUUGAGCAUCUUCAUUUAUGAUAAGUCUGAUGGUAAGAGAUAUGGAGAGGAUAUUCAAGACCGAACAGAAAUCAACGAGAAAGUGACGCGAAUAGGGAGUUUAAACGAGGAGAAGGCUGCAGAAUAUCCAUAUGCAAGACAUGGCUACAACUCUGUUUUCUAGAACAACAUAUUCAAGUGAUGGCGCCUACUUCAUUCAUCUAUGGACAAGCAUCAGAAGGUCAAUCAUCAAUAAUAAGGUAGCUCGAGAGGUUUUUGGC